CACAAAGAUCGAAGGGUCAGGAUUGAUGGAAUAUUGAUAAGAAGGUACGAGGAAAGCUCAUUUUGGAAAAUUCACUUUUGUUUUGGCAGGGGGAUCAUUGCAAGAAGAAGCUGGAGCGUUUACCUCAAGGCUUUGCCAUCUCGCUGUCUGCAGUCUCGCCAGUUCGCAAGAUUUCUUUUUCUCCCACUGCUUCUUCUUCGUCUUCUUAUUAUACCACAACAAUCUCUGGGAACCCAACCUAUCUUGAUCAGGAAUGUUCUGGACAUUUUACCUGGAGGAAUCUCGAUUUUUAACUGGAAACAAUUGCAGAUUGCGAAUCUACGCCGACCAAGAUCCAAACUUUAUAUUAAUCUGAUUCAAUUGUUGCUUUUACAACUUGCAAUCCUAUCCUCUUUUAAUUUCUCGUCGAAGAACAAAACGCUCUCUAUUUCUCAUUUCAACAAAAUAACGACAGAAACGAAUUAUGGCUUCCAAUUUUCCCAAUCCCUCUCUUGUACUUGAUUCGCCUGCGGUAAAACGGCAAAGAACCGAAUCAGGUUAUACAUCUAUCAACAAUUCUGCGAGAAACACAGAUACCUAUAAUUCAGAUGCGGAUGAUGGGGAUGAUCUUUUCAAGGAUUAUGUGCCUGACACGCCAGCGACAGCUAAGAAGUUCGAAACGCAACCUACACAGAUUAUAGGUGCUGCUGGGAAGUUCGAGACUCAACCCACGCAGAUUGGACCCACUACCAAGAAGUUCGAGACUCAAGCUACCCAGAUAAUCGAUCGAUCUGCUUCGCUGGCAUACCCACCAAGUUCCCCAAAUAUCAACAGCUUGAAUGGUGUACAAGUACCUGCUUCAUCACCUUUACGACAAUCGCCUACACCAAGGAAGUUUUUGGCAUCUGCAAUGGCACCUGCUGGAACUGAAUAUAGAGCACCAUUUGGAAUCAAUCAAAAGCCUAUCGCCCCUCCAAGGAAGAUCAUCAACUUGGAUAGUGAUGACGAGGAGCCGUCAUUUGUUGGAGACAGUUCUGACGAUGAUGACGAACUAGCCAGUGCGGAUAUCAAACCUACAUCGUUCGUUUCAAAGAGUGCUUCUUUUGGGUCUACAGGCUAUCCAGAUGCUUCGCGAUCAUUCAAUGGCAAUUCUAAAUUUCAAAACGCUCUCGCCAAGGCUGUAUAUAAUCCACAGAAAGGCAUGAAACAGCAAGGUUCAGAGAGAGCCAGGCCAAUCCAGGAUAUUUCAAUCAAUGACAUUCCAGAUGGUGAGCUCAGAAUGAAAGCUCAGCGCAUUAAGGACAUCUUUCCAGGGGUAUCUAUCAUGGAGAUCAAGGAUGCUUUGCUCGUGACCAAGAACGAUUUUGAUGCUGCUUGCAGCUUGCUUGCCAAAGAUAAGCCUAUUGAGGUUUCCGACGAUGAGGACGAAAUUCAAGAGAUCCCUGCCUCGGAAAUGGCUGAACCUCAGAUGAGAAGAGGUCUCGCGAAACCUAUCAAGUCAAUUAGGGACCGAUAUACUUCUACCCAAAAUCAGUCUACGCAAAGACCGGCUCCAGUACCAGCUCAAGCUACCACGCCACCAAAAACAAGGAAAAGACUUAUGAAAGGACGUAGAGAUCCAACUUCCCCUGCAGCUGCCUCUUCUCCAGUCAAGUCUCCAACCAAGUCUCCCAUGAAGUUGGCUUCAUCCCCAGUCAUCAUAGAUAUGUCUGAUGAUGAUUCUGACCUUGAGCAGGAGGAGGAAAUCGAAGAAGAUCCAAUUCUGGAGGAUCGGCUACUCAAGUACUUGAACAAAUGCACAUUGGAUGAUCUUAUUGAACUUACCAAUACCACCAAGAAUAACGCCCAAGCAAUGUUGGACAGUCGACCUUUCAGGAGUCUUGAUGCUGCGAGAAACGUGUCAAAUGUUAAGACUUUGAAAAGUGGCAAGAGAAGUGCAAAAGCUCCUAUGGGCGAACGUCUCGUGGAAACUGCUUUGGAAAUGUUUUCUGGCUACGAGGCUGUAGAUCUCCUUGUCAAAAGAUGCGAGGAUCUCGCAAAGCCAUUGGAGGCUGAGAUGGCGAAAUGGGGAUUCAACUCUUUUGGGACUCGCAAGGAAGGAGAAGGUAUUGAAUUAGUAUCUUUCGAAGAUGCAGAUUCUCAGCGUGAUUCUGGAAUUGGCACUCCAAGCAGCACUUUAUCUACCAAUGGCGAGAAUGCUGAUGAGGACAAGAUCGCAUCCGCCAAACGCAGGAAAGCGAGUGUCGAAUUUCUGAAGAAGCCCUCGCUUAUGGCAGAUGAAGUUGUUCUGAAAGAUUAUCAAAUUGUUGGCUUGAAUUGGUUGAAUUUGAUGUACGAGCAGAACCUGAGUUGCAUUUUGGCAGAUGAUAUGGGUCUUGGAAAGACCUGUCAAGUUAUUUCGUUUCUCUCGCAUCUUGUGGCUACUGGUCGGACCGGUCCCCAUGUUGUUUUUGGUCCUGCUGCUGUUUUUGAGAAUUGGUGUCAAGAGUUCCAGAAGUUUGCUCCAAAAUUGGCUAUUCAACCUUAUCAUGGUCCUGCGGCUGAACGUGUCGAGUUGGCUGAAUCCAUAUUGGAGAAUCGAGAUGAGAUCAAUGUCAUUGUUUCUACCUACGAUAUGGCCGUCAAACCUGCUGAUAACAAGUUUUUCCGGAAGUUGGGAGCUGAUGUUCUUGUUUGUGAUGAAGGUCACAUUUUGAAGAAUGGAGCGACUCAAAAGAAUCAAGCUUUGAAUAGGAUUCCUGCUAGCUUUAAGCUUUUACUGACGGGUACACCCCUUCAAAAUAACCUGGUCGAAUUGGUUACUUUACUUGCAUUCAUUCUUCCAGACGUUUUCAAGGAACGAGAAGAAGACUUGAAUUAUAUUUUCAAAGCAAAGGCGACAACUCGAGAUACUGAUCAUGGAGCAUUACUUUCUGCUGAACGUAUCACUCGAGCCAGAUCUAUGCUAACUCCAUUCGUCCUACGACGGAAGAAGCAUCAAGUGUUGAAGCAUCUCCCUACAAAAUUAUGUCGGGUUGAACGUUGUAGUUUGGAGCCAACACAGGCUAAAAUCUAUAACGAGCAUGCAGAUGCAGCGAAAGAACGGGCACGCAGGCGUCUUGAAGGUGUCAAAAUGCCACCUUUGAAGUCUGAAGAAAACAAUCCAAUCAUGCAACUUCGCAAAGCAGCUAUCCAUCCACUACUUUUCAGACGCCACUUUACGAAUGAGAAGAUUGAGAAAAUGGUCGACAUUCUACGAAAGAAAGAACCAGAUAAUUUCCCUCCCUCUGCUAAACGAAUCCAUCUUGUGGAAGAGAUGCGCAACGCUUCGGACUUUUGGUUACACACGUGGUGUGUAUUAUAUCCAUGUAUUAAAUCGUUCGAUGUUAAGAAGAAUGCUUGGAUGGAUUCGGGGAAAGUGUCUGCUUUAGUGGAACUUGUGACGAAAUACAAGGAGAAUGGGGAUCGGGUUCUUAUCUUCUCUCAAUUCUCGCUUGUUCUUGACAUUCUGGAAUCUGUAUUGAACACUUCCAUGAUCACAUACACUCGUAUCGAUGGUGCCACCAAAAUUGACGAACGUCAAUCUUUGAUUGAAAGAUUCAGGGACGAUACUGAUAUUACGGCUUUCCUCUUGACAACUAAGGCAGGUGGAACAGGUAUUAACUUGAUGUAUGCCAAUAAAGUCAUCAUCUUUGAUGGUAGUUUCAAUCCUCAAGAUGAUGUGCAAGCAGAGAAUCGUGCUCAUCGUGUGGGACAAACUCGCGAUGUGGAAGUUGUCAGAUUAGUCACUCGUGGUACCAUCGAAGAAGCCAUUUGGAAAAUGGGUAGAAGCAAGUUGAUGCUGGAUGGAAGAGUGGCAGGGGAAGAAGGUGAAGAAGCGGGCGAGAAGGCUGUGGAAAAGAUGUUGUUAGAGGGAGUUACAAUUACGGAUGAAGAAGCGGCCCCUGUUGCUGAGGGUCAUGAAACUACGCCCAAGAAAAAUGCGAAGGGCAAAGCGACGGGGCAAAAACUACCGGAUAGGAAGAAAUCAGGCACGUUUCUCGAUUUGGCGAUGAAGGGAGCGGAGAAAGAUGAUGAGGAUGAAAUGCUUGUUUGAGGUGGUUGGCCAAUAUAUCGGUCGUACAUGCCAAGGAAGAUGAGCGGGAUGGAUUGUUUUCAACGAGAUGAUCAGGGUUAAUGCUAGAAGGUGGUUCUGUUUGCGUCAUCAUAUAAUUCAGUGGAUCUUUUAGACUGGGGUGGCGUUCUGAGCUGUUUGGUUUGGAUUGAUGUGGCAUAAGACGUAAUAUGAGGAAGAGUUUAAGCGAGCGAGAUUGGGGAGGAUUUGAUUCAAUAUCUACUUUUUUUUUCUCCCGUAUGCAUGAGAAAGGGGAUACAUCUGUAUAAGAAGCUAAGAGGCAUGAGCAUAAUGUGGGUAGGGGGAAUAUGUUACGGUAUACAUAGAUUACGAUACGAAUUACCAGAGGAAGUGGGAGAAUUAGGGGAAGAUGGAGAUGAUAGAGAGGUGGUGGAAAGAUUUCAGAUGGUGUGUUGGAUUCCUAGUGGAGAUGUGUAGAUGAGAAUUAGAUGGAGGUAGAUUAGAUACCUGGGAAUGAAUAAAUGAAUGAAUAU